AUGAUCUGCAGCAUACCAACCAACCAAAUCCUCAACCUGGAUGUAACCUUGAAGAGCAACAAUGCUAACCCGACCUCUCUGAUCACUGUCAACCUCCCUCAACCACAUCCUUACAAUCCCAUCCUACUUUUCACCGCGGCUUUCCAACUCGCUUUCCCAGAGAAUAACAUCAAGACCAAUCCAGAUCCUUCUAUCGUACCAGAUCCUUCUAUCGUACCAGAUCCCACUACCAACCCAGCUCCUACAACCAAUCCAGUUCCUGCAACCAAUCCAGAGCCUCCAACCACUCCAGAUCCUCAAAUUGAACCAAAUACUCAUACCAAUCCAGAUCCUCCAAUGGAGCCAGAACCUCCUCCCAAGCUUGACAAGCUUGACUUGACACUCCUAUCGAACCUGAUCCUGCAACCAAUGCAGACCCUUCAACCGAUCCAGUUCCAACAACCAAUCUUAGAUCCUCCUGCCAAUCCUGAUCGUCCAAGUGAACCAGAUCCUCAAACCAAUACAGAUCCUCCUAUCAAACCAGAUCCUCCUACCAAUCCAGAUCCUCCUACCAAUCCAGAUCCUCCCAAUCGAACCAGAUCCUCCUUCCGAACAAGAUCAUCCAACCAAUGCAGAACCUCCAACCGAUCCAGUUUCUACAACCAAUCUUUGGUCUCCACCAAUCCAGAUCCUCCAGUUGAGCCAGAUCCUCACACCAAUCCAGAUCCUAUUGAACCAGAUCCUCCUGUCAAACCAGAGACUCCAAUUAAUCCAGAUCCUCCAGACAAUCCAACUCCUCCAAACAAUCCAACUCCUCCAAGCAAGCCUGAUCCUCCAACCAACCCAGAUCCGAUUCAACCUCAAACCUUGAGGGGAAAGUUAUCCUCUUCAUGA